GAUGAGACUACACUGCCACUGAACUCACCAAGAAGCUAAACCGGCAGGUGCCAGUGGUCUGUCUUUUGUCCUCACGUGGGAGGGAACCGACCGAAAUGCAACAGACAAAUGAGAUGGCAACCUCAACAGGCAGGAUUGAGACUGUGGCCGAAGUCUUGGGGACUACAAUCUACGACUAUGCUGUGGGAAUUCCAUGUGAAAAAGUCAGCAUCAAAGAGCUGGGGGCCCAGUUCUUGCCCCCACUCUAUUCCCUGGUGUUCAUCGUUGGUUUCUUGGGCAACACUAUGGUGGUGGUGAUCCUCACAAAAUACAAGAGGCUUAGAAUUAUGACCAACAUCUACCUGUUCAACCUGGCCAUCUCUGACUUGCUCUUUCUCUUCACUCUUCCCUUCUGGAUUCACUAUAUCAGGCGGAAAGAGUGGGUGUUUGACAACAGCAUGUGCAAGUUCCUCUCGGGGUUGUAUUCCCUGGGCUUGUACAGUGAGAUCUUUUUCAUAAUCCUGCUGACAAUGGACAGGUACCUGGCCAUCGUGCAUGCGGUGUUUGCCCUUCGAGCCCGCACGGUCACCUUUGGGGUCAUCACAAGUGUCCUCACCUGGGUCUUCGCAGGGCUAGCAGCCCUCCCAGAAUUCAUCUUCCGAGAGUUCCAUGGGGGGCCUGAAGAGUCUACAUGCAGCCCUGCAUACCCCACGAACGAGGAAGAGGCCUGGAAGCAUUUCCACACCCUGAAAAUGAAUAUCCUGGGACUUGUCCUGCCUCUGCUCAUCAUGGCCAUCUGCUAUUCUGGAAUCAUUAAAACGCUGCUCAGGUGCCCCAACAGAGCCAAGUGCAAAGCUAUCCGGCUCAUUUUUCUCAUAAUGUUGGUCUUUUUCCUUUUCUGGACACCCUACAACCUAGUUCUGUUUCUUUCUGCCUUUCAAACUGUCUUCUUGGAGAACAGCUGUGAGUGCAACAGAAAGCUGGACCUGGCCAGGCAGGUGACAGAGGUGAUCACCCACACCCACUGCUGUGUCAACCCUAUCAUCUAUGCCUUCGUAGGGGAGAAAUUCCAGAAGUACCUGCAUCACUUUUUCCAUAGGCAUGUAGGCAUCUACCUGAGCAAAUACAUCCCAUUCCUUCCUAGUGAGAGGCUGGAAAGGGCCAGCUCCAUCUCCCCAUCAUCAGGUGAUCCAGACCUUUCGGUUGUGUUCUAAGGCAGGUGCAAAAUACUGCCCAAAGGAGAUGAGCAAGACGGAUAAAGCAAAUAUGCUACAUCAACCCCACUGACCCCUAGAUCAGCCCUAUGUAUCCUUGGCAUGACUGAAGCUUUUGAAGACAUUCUCAUACUCACACGUGUACAAUGCGCUCCAAAGUCAUUACCAAUGGCAACCGUGGAAAGCCAAGCUUUGCUUGAUUUGUUAAAAAGUUCAUGCACCUGAAUGCUAGUUCCAAUGUGCAGCUAUAAAUAGGUAAAACUUUCUGUAUUUUGAAACCUCAACUUUCACCAGCAUCCUUUUGAUGGUGGUGGUGGU